AUAGAGAGAGAGCGAGAGUAAAGUUCGGUUUCGUUUCUUGUUCCUGAUUUCAGUGAUGGCGACUGCUGAUCUGAGAGACGAGCUGAGCUGCUCCAUCUGCCUGAGCAUUUAUACUGAUCCUGUAACCCUGCCGUGUGGCCAUAACUUCUGCCAGGGUUGUAUUGAGAGAACAUGGUACUGGCAGAAGAGCAUAAAGGAAGAUCCCUCCUGCCCUGAAUGUAGAAGGACUUACAGGAGAAACCCUGAACUGCAAAGGAACCUGAGGCUGAGGAACAUAGUAGUGCAAUUCCUUUCUACUGACCCACAGCAGGAUGGGACUGGGACCUCUGGGAACUCAAAAUGCUCCUCACACAACAAGAUUCUGGAGUAUUACUGCUGUGAGGAGUCCGUCUGUAUCUGUGUGUCCUGCUGUCUGGCCGGAGAGCACAGGGGCCACAGGGUGGAGCUGCUGAGUGAGGCCUCUGAGAAGAAGAAAGAGACACUGAGGAAAGUUGUGGAGAAACUGAGGCCAGAGAGAGAGGAGACUGAGAGAGAAGCCCAGAGACUGCAGGAGCGCAGGAGAGAAGUGCCAGAAAAAGCAGCUGGUGAGACAGAGAGAGUCACUGCCCUGUUUAGAGACAUCAGGGAACAGCUGGAAGCCCUAGAGAGGCAAGUUCUAAUAGAUAUCUCCAGCCAGAAAGAGAAGCUCUCACUCACACUCACUGAUCUGAUGGAGCAGCUGGAAAUAAAGAAGGACGAGCUGUCCAGGAAGAUCCAUCACAUUGAGGAGCUGUGCAACAUGGCAGAUCCACUCACUGUCCUACAGGAACGGGAAUCACAUGGAGCUGCAGAUAAUGAGGGGGGCAGAGAGAGACAUGAUAUAAAGGUCCCUGCUGUAGGGGAUCUGGAUGUGGAUCUGAUCUCAGAGACAUUACUCACAGGCUUAGCUGCCAUUGGGACUGGGGUAAAGGGAAGGAUCUAUGGGCAGGAGGCUACAGACCUGUUACUGGAUAUAAACACGGCUGGGAAUCAUUUAUCUGUAUCAGGGGACAGGAAAUCUGCUUCCUACUCACGUACAGACCAGCGUCACCCACAAACCCCAGAGAGAUUUCAGGUUUAUCCUCAGACUUUAAGCAGCAGGAGUUUCCCCUCAGGGCGACAUUACUGGGAAGUGGAGGUCAGUGAAUCAGGGGGCUGGAUGGUAGGGGUGGCCUAUCCCAGUAUAGAGAGGAGAGGGGGUCAGUCCUGUAUUGGGAAUAAUAACAAGUCCUGGUGUUUGUACAGAUUGAAUAAUAAAUAUUCAGUGAGACAUGACAGUAAAGGCACAAAGUUACCCCACGUCCCUUCCUGCAGGAGAAUCAGGAUCUCAUUGGACUAUGAGGCCGGACGUCUGUCCUUUUAUGAGCUGAGUGAGCCAAUCAGACACUUACACACCUUCACUGCCACAUUCACUGAGCCCCUCCAUGUUGCAUUCUGGGUAUAUGGGAAUAAUACUUGGGUGAGAAUCAUUAGUUAGGACACUACCCAGCAGGAAACCCAUUCCUAGAGUUGCCCUUACCCUGUGAUACCAUGAAAGGAAGGGAGUACAGGAGACAUAUUGAUAUUGGGCAGUUUCUCUAGCACUUGGGCAGUCAUUUUAACUGAUUUACAAACACAGAUACUAAAGUGCAGUUGCCAAUAGCAACCAAUAAGGAUUUUGCUUUCAACAGACCGUUCAACUCAAUUGCUGAUUGGUUGCUACAGACAACUGCAAAUAUGCAACUUAGCCCCUGUGUUUCUAAAUCAGAACUAAAAAGUAAUUUCUCCCCCACCAGAAUGACAUUAAUUGACUAUUGACACAAUUUAGAAAGUGGAUUAUUUUAUAUUUUUGGCCUUUUCCCUUCUCAUACCAGCCUGGCACAUUACAACUCCCUGUAACUCCCAGCAGAGUAUACAUUACACAGGAGUCUCUCACUGAUGGGCCUUUGCUGGACGGAAGGUUUCUAUUUUUUUAUUAACUUGGUUCUUAAAACAGUUAACUCUUUAUAUGCUGGAACCUCAAUUGGGAUGGUUACUAUGGAGAGUAGUAACCAAUCCCAUUAUCAUGUGACAUGGUAACCCUUUUGUGCCAAAUCACUAUUUAGUACAGUAUUAUGAGGGGACCAGAUUUUUUAUGUGAAAUUUAGGGACACCCUCAGAGGUUGGGUGUGCUUAGUGUGCCGUGGGAAUUUUCGAUAGGCCACACUUUUUUUGGCCAACCCCAUAUAACCACACCCACUCAAGGUCCAUGGAUUACUUUCUGUAAUUAGAAUGGAUGGCUGGGAAAUAAUAGGAAAUAUACAGGAAAUGAUCAGGAAAUAUAAAGAGCAACAUAAUUAAAGUCUAUAGGGUGAGCUGUGUUACCCAAUCACUUUCCUCUGUCACAUUAGGACAACUCAUCAGUCAAAUAUAUUGUACCUCAAUUAAUGUUGUUUAAUCUAGGGAGGAGCUGGAUUUCCGAUUCUUGCCUAAGGGCCGCCUGUGGCGGCUUCUGCAAUGCCGCCCCCCCUCGCCGACUUACCUGUCGGGAGGGGAGGCAGGAACACUAAUGCGAGAGAGC